UGCGGGCGGACUCGCGCUCCCAGCAGCCCCCACGGCGUGCCAGGGCUCCGCGCCGCUGUUCGGCGCCGCGGGGGUCGCUGGGAGUUGUAGGCGCGGUUUACGCCCCGCGGGGGCGCCUGAGGCCGCGGCCGGCGCCGGCCCCUCGCGGUGCUCGGUGUCCGGAGGCGGCGGUGACGGGCGAGGCCUCGGCCGGGGCCGCACCUGCCCCGCCCGGCCGGGCCGGCCCUGCCCACGGGCGGAGCCGCGGCCUGCGCCCGCAGCCGGUGGUACCCCGCGGCCCGGCGUGUGGGGACAGCCCGGCAUCCGUGGCCUUGUCGCCGCCGCGGCGUCGCGUCCCGGGCCGCGCCGGGCGGUGCGGGGCAGCUGCAGGCGAGCAGGCUCAGGUAACCAGAAGAAAUCCUACAGCUGACUGAUUGGUGGUUCCAGCAGAGAGGUGGAGGUUAAAGAUGUCAAAAAUUACCACAGAACUUCUUUUGGAAAGAGCAGUUCCAAGAUCCACGAGGCUCCGAAAGAUCGAGACGCUCAACCUGUCCAAGCUGCAGCUGAAGACUGGAGAUUUAGACCCGCGCUUGUUUUCCCGCCUCAGGCACCUGCAGAAACUUGAUCUCUCUGAUAAUUUACUGGACAAAUUUCCCAACAGCCUAACCCUCCCUGAUCUGCGUGUCCUGAACUGCAACAAUAACAAGCUGGAAGAUGUAACUGCUCUGAAACAGUUCCCUCUGCUCGAGGAGCUGACCUAUGAGAACAAUGUGUACUUGACACUCAAUGAUGACUAUAAAGUAAUGUUUCUUUUGCAAAAUCUUCGUCUGCUCAAUGGCAAGGACAUAACCAAACUGGCCAACCAUGUGAGACGUGCCAACAGCCAUAAGCUCACCAGCAAGGUUACUGCUCACUGGAAAAAAUUCUUCCGUGACCAACUCCCUGAGAAAUACACAGCUGAGCAGGUGAAGUCCAUCAAGAAAAAGUUCCUGAAGUCAGUGCAGACCAAUGUGGUGCAUGGGCCCAGCUCACUCAGCGAGUUCACCCGCUGGCGGGUGAAAAUGAUUGCAGAAGAGUUUCUGGCAAACUCACUAGGUCUGGAGUUAAACUCUGAUAGUGAACCAGAGGAAAAGAUGGAUGAGAAUGAGGAAGAAAGCACAGAAAGCCCCAGGGAAGCUGCAAAAAGCCCCAGGGAAGCUGCAGAAGACGUGGCUCAGGUCACAGUAACACCCAGCAAGAGGAAAAGAAAUCAUUCAAAAUCAAGCCCUGGAAAUAAGAGGUCCAAGACCCAGGCAAACACAGAGGAGGAGGCUGCAGAUAAUGCCAGAAAAUCCGGUCAUGUGGAGGAUGACCCAGCUCCUGAUAAACCAAGAACAUCAAACCAACCAGCCAAGGAGGCAACCCCUGAGCAGGAAGCUGAAGGGACACAGAAGAAUGGAGAGCAGCUUCCCAAGGGGCAAAGCAACAGAAGAUCCAGCCAGAUGACAGGGGAGCAGAAAAGCCAGGAGCAGGACAACAGUGUGGUUAUCUUGACCCCCGUGAAGAAUUCCAAGCGCAAGGAGGAUGUCAGUGCAGAGCCAUUGCAUUUUCUUCAGUGUCACAGUAAAGGCAACAGCCGCGAGGAUUUUAAAACGCAGCUCUGGUCCUGUGUCUUCGAGCCAGUGCUAGACUCUGGAGCCAGGAAAGAUCCCAUUGUGAGCUCCUCCAGAACCGUGGCAACCUGUGGAGGGGAAUCUGUCUGUCUGAUUGAUUGUGAGACAGGGACAGUGCUGAAAAAGUAUAAAGUGGCUACAGAGGAGUUCUUCAGCGUGGCAUGGACAACCCUCACAAUGGUGAUCAGCGACAGCCGCAAGAAAGCUCACAACAUCCUGGCAGCUGCAGGGAGGAGAGGGAUUGUCAAACUGAUCCACGUGGCAGCCGACUUCUGCUACGGAGAGAUAAAGGCUCACAAAAAACCCAUUGCUACUGUCUGCUUCAGUCCAACCCAGGAGACCCACCUCUUCACUGCAUCCUAUGACAAGCGAAUUGCACUCUGGGAUAUUGGGAUUCCAGACUGCGACUACAAUUUCAAAGCAAGCCAGCUGCUGGUGCUGGAAACAGCCUCCAUCCCCCUACGGAUUGCCCUGGUCCCCACCUGUCCAGAGCAGUACCUGCUGGCAGGCUGUGAAAAUGGCUGUUUUGCCUGGAACAUAAAACUGGAUAAGGGACAAAAAAGCAGGCCUUUUGAAGCCAUAUUCCAGUUUCCUGGUGAGGAAAGCAUGACAACAUCUCACAGGGUUGAUGGUUUGGCUUUUCUCAAUGAUGAUGUCGUUGUUUCCAAGAGCUCCAAACCAGGAUGCAUAUACUUGUGGAGCUGGAGCAAGUCUUUUGAUGCCAAGGGCAAAGGAUGCCAGCGGACAAUGUCUGCAGUUGUUCUGGCUGAGCUGGAGUGGUCCACAACAGACAUGUCCUACCUGACACUGAGCACCUGCCCAGCAAAAGAAUACGUGUUCUGUGGGGAUGAGAAGGGCAGUGUGUGGAUGUACAACCUCUCCAACUACACCACGGCCUGGGGCUCUCCGAAGGGAAAGCGCUCGGAGCGGAGGAUCUCUCCCACACAGAUCCUGCAGUGGCCGGAGCUGCGGGUGAACGGGGAGCAGCCCCCCGAGGUCCUGGUGAACAACGUGGUGGCUGACCCUGCCUUCACCUACCUGGUGGUGCUGACCAGUGUCAACAUUACAGCCAUCUGGAAGAAAUCCUAGUCCCCGUGCCACAGCUCCACCCUGCUUCCACCUAGUGCAGUAUUAGUGACUGUUCCCCAUGUGCCCAUGAACGUUUUCUAGAGCAGCUUUAUGUGCCAGAUGGAGAAAAAAUAAAACAAGGUAAGAGUUUGUUCAACUCAUCAGUUCAUUGUAAACAUCCGCUUUCUUUUACUGUAAGUUUUCACAAUUUGUGCAUUUGUUUUAUAGAAAUGACACCUAAUAAAACAAAGUACCAGUUCA